AUGCAGAACCGGGAAGCACCAAACGACUGGCCCGAGGGAUCCCAAGCCACAGACCGCCAAGCACUCGUGAAGCGAAUGACCAAAAAAUUGCUUCGCUUUGCGCUUGAAAGAACUGGGACGAAAAUGAUCCUCGUACUCGGGCAUCUACGAUCAGGGAAAUCUAGUCUUUUCGAGUCCCUUACCAAUUCAACAGGACAUUCAUCUGAUGGGAUUGACUCAGUCACGAAGGAAUGGCAGAUUGGGAAGGCUGUCAUCGGGGGCAGUCUCUAUUUAUUUGUGGAUACUCCAGGUUUGGAUGACCCCCAGAUUUCCAAUGCUGCUAUCCUGCAAGAGAUUGCAAGACUACUUCGUAUGACGAGGGACUCUGUCAUGUACGCAGGUAUAUUGUAUGUGCACCCGGUCAAUGCGCCUUUUUCGGAGGAGAUCAAACAAGCCCUUCUUUUUUUGGACGCUUUUUGUGGUCGUGAUUACGUACCAUCCAUUACGUUCGUCACUACAAUGUGGGACCUCCAAAAUCCCAAGGGUGUUAUCAGAAGUAACGCCUUGGUGGAAAGCUUGCGGAGAACCAAAUGGGCACUCUUCAUGGAUAGAGGCGCCAAAUUAUAUCACCAUGGGAGGCGAUACGAAAAUGGAGAACCAACGCUGGAAGUUUUUGACCUUGAGACUGAGGGAGCAGCUCGACAAAAGACCGCAAGGGAAAGGAUUGCCCAUUUGUAUCCUUCCGAUCAAGUGUAUGCGCCGCCAUUGAUUGUCCAAGAGCUACAUGCGAACACUGCGCUUGAGAAAACCACGGCUGGAAAAUUUCUCGACAUGCAAUCCUCGGAGCUCGUCAAGAUGGGGCCUGGUAGAAACAAUGAGUUUUUGCCGGAGGAGGGGGUGGAUUGGUUGGGGUCUCUCUUGGGAUUAUUGAAAAUACCAAUGGAUAUUGUUGGAACUUCUGCUAUGUCUCUCUGGAAUUUCAUAGAGUCGCUCAGGUCUCGCAUAUCAUCCGUCAUGAAUCCCACAAGUAUCGGGGUCUCUAUUCACCAUCUGGAUUCGCAGUGCAUUGAAGCAUUGGUUUCGUUGCCUGGUGGCCUAAGAGUUAUUGUGGGAUACGGCGAGACUGGACUGUAUUGGAGACCUUGGUCAGCGAGCGAUGAAAACCUAGCCGGAUUUGCCGUCGUUGAUGAUGACUUUGAGGUAUUUACCGCAGGGCCAGAAUUCGUUGAGGAGGACUCUCAUGAUCCCGAGUACGCUGCCUUUGGCCAAAUAUUUGAUUCGGUACUAUCUGCCAUGCAUGAUGACCCCUUUCAAGAGCCAGAGUCACAAAUUCAAGAAUCCACGUGGGGUUUCUGGGACAAGUGUGCUGUGAUGUGA